CAGGGUUAUACAGUAAUGUUCACUGAUGCUAUGAUUAUGACCAAUUUCUGACCAGCUUCUAGAGUCAGUAGUGCCCAAGCACUCAUUUUAAUUGUUAAUAAGAGAAAAGAGGUUGGAGAAUCUAUCAGAAAAAUAUUGGAAUGAUAUGCACACCUAUCCUCAGUCAAGUAUAUGAAAAUCUAAAUGUUCUAUCCUACUGCAUCUUAUAAACGCACAACAGACUAGUGAAGAAAUAAAAUUAUUUGAAACUCACUAUGAAUCAGGAACCAUUUAAGAACAUCAACAGACAAGAAAUCUACGGCUUAAAACAAUCUCACCCUAAAUAUGCACAGGAAAGCAGGAACCAAUCAAGCCGAAGGUUAGUUUUCAAGGCUGUUUCGCGCGCUCCACACAAACUACGCUCUUAUUAUGAGUUCAGAAGAAAACAAAGAAACCAAAAGUUCGAAUGAAUCUGAUAGUGGUGUACUAGCCGAUGUAAAUACACCCAUGGAAUCUCCGAGUUUUGCCAUUCCAAUGAAAAUAAACCGCCUCGAUAAGGACAAAGACACUCUGUUACCUCCUUCACCACCGAAAUUUGUGUCAAUGAAUCAACUUGCUGAGGCUGCCAAGGCAUUUUAUAACAUGACUUUGGCGCAUGAAAUAACUGUGGAUUCUCACUUCAGGUUGGAAAUGUACGAACCACAUGAAAACACUUUGGAAUAUCAAAUUAAGGAAACAAUGCAUAGAGCAUUUUGGGAUAUUUUGCGAUCUAGUUUGGAAUCAGAUCCACCAGAUUAUCAACCGGCUCUACGAUUGCUUGAGGAAAUUAAACAGUCUUUAACAGAAUUAGUUCUACCGAAUCAAACAAAAUUACAAAAGCUUAUUGAAAAUCUAUUAGAUAUUGAUGUUGCUAAAUCACAACUUGAAGAAACUGGUCAUAUAAGCCUGGAAGUGUAUAAAAAUGAAGUGAUUAAUUUAAUGAAACAAUUUUGUGCACCUGUACGUGAUCAAGAAGUGGAAGAUUUACGCAAAAUCGAUGAUCCUGUUGAAUCUUUUAGGAAUGUAUUCUUACUUUUGGAUAAAAUGCAUAUGGAUUUGGCUAAUUUCACCAUAGAACAAAUGCGACCGUAUAUUAGACAACAAGCAGUUGCCUAUGAACGUAAUAAAUUUGCUACAUUUAUAGAAGCUCAACAAAAACUUGGCAUUGAUGGUCUAAGGCAUACACGUGAUUGGAUUAAACAAGCCUAUAAUGAUGUUAACAAUCUAUCACAACAAUCGAAUGAAUGCCCUAAUUCUAUUAAUUCAUCUGGAGUUAAAUCAACAAAGGAUAAUUCUAUGGCAUCAUUAACACCAAAUAAUAUAUUACGCGAAGCUUAUCUUAAACUGUUAACAUGGCCAAGGGAUCAAGAUUGGCCUGAGACUAUGCUUAUGGAUCAACAUCGUCUUGUGGAUUUAGGCAAUCAAUUAAUUAUAAUUGUCAAUUUAACAUCUUUAGUUCUAGUUGUUUGUAAUUAUAUGGCAUCAAAUGCAUCAUCGUUCACAACGACAACAGCAACAACAACAACUACUACUACUAGUGGUGCAUUGUCAUCCUCUACUCCGCCAACAAAAACAAUAUUUUCCCACCCAUUACACACUAACCUACCUCAGGAUGCAAUGAUUCAAUUGAAAAAGUCAAUAUGUCAAGAUGUUGCAUCAAUAUUACAUGGGAUUUCUUUAAAUUACAAACCUGAUCAGUUAGUUGAUGAUAUCAUAGAACAGGUGAUCUUGACAAUAGAAUUAUGGUAUAAUCGAUGUAUGAUGGAAUCUGGCAGCAGUGGCGGUAGUCAGUUACCACCAUCUACUAAUCCAUCGUGUGACUCGUCACCGACAGUAGUGAAUGAUUAUCAUAAGUCAACGACUGCUGGUGGUGGUGGUGUUGCUUAUAUUACUGAUUUUGGACGUACAGAAUUAAAUGGACAAUUGUCAGCUGUUAUUAAAGGGGAACAUCCAGUUUAUAAACUAAUGCAUAAACGAGCUAUGGAUUUUCUACGCUCUGCUCUAUCAUCUUAUCCACCAGAACCAUUACCCCUACCGCCAGGAUUCAGUAUUCUCUUAGAUCUUGAUCAGAAUAAACUUAGCACUACAAGCAAUAAUGGUGCUGCCUACCUGCAUCAAACUCCACUGAAUAUCCCGACAACAAUGGUGUCUGGUAGUGGUGGAGCUAAUGCUUCAGCUGCUAGUAGCAGUUUACGUCCGCCUUCAUCACCACCUCCGUCCAGUCCACAUAAUCGUCUCCGUCAUGAAUCGGAAAGUGGUGGUUAUAAAACGUCAAAAUUUGAAAUAUUAAGUUUAUCCGGUUUAGCCAGUCGUCUACUUCCUUUAUUGGCGCAUAAUCGACAUGUAUUCGGUUCAUAUUAUGCCGAGAUUAUUCAGCCUUUAAUUAUGCCAACUAGUACUAGUACAGCAACAACAGCGUCACCGUCGUCGUCUACAGCACCAUCGAAUCCUAAUGUUGUCGAUGAGCAGUGA